CACGACUUUACCUACGCGCUUACUAGAAUUCUGUGAUUGCAUUGUCGUGGUUGAAAGCAGUGUAGAUUGAGAAAUCAGAGAUGAGUACCUUCAAAGUUUUGCUGUUUUUGGGGCUUCUUACGAUUUCAGUUAACGCUUGGUCAAAGAUUAGUGUUCAUCCUAUCUGUUUCCAAGCAAGAGGUGAUCAACCUGGCUACUUUCAACACUACGGAGCAAAUAAACUUGUGAAGGGAUUGCGUCUCAAGUGGCUCAGCGGUGAAGUAAGAUGUGAGUCCAAGGUGAUGUAUAGCAGCAAGUGGGGCUGCUAUCAACAUGCAGGUUUCAAAGGCUAUCGGUUAAAUGUCAUUGUGACAGAUUCAAACAACAAUAUCAUUUUUCCUAAGCCACAAUACAUCAAACAUACGGCUGGACUUUGGUAUUGGUUACCAGGAGUCGAUGAGAGGCAUUCCAAUGAGCUUGUCUUCACCGACUUUGCAACACCUUUCUACCUCGUACAGGGAGGCAUCUUGAAAAUUUGGUACGGUGAGGAUCUGAAGAAUUGGAACGAAGGAAACAAUCAAGGACAGGUGUGCGUUGAUAUCUACGCACUUUUUGCUGAUUAGUUUAAAUACAUGACGAUAAUGAUAACCACAUAGCUGUAUAGAGCUAUUUAGAAACCUUUGAAUACUGCUUAUGAACAUGACACCUUUUAGAAAAUCACUUUUAUCCAAAGGGUAACACGCUGCCAAGCACUUCUGUGAAGAAAGAAAUAGAUUUUGAAUUUUCUCAGUUAUAGACAUUUAAAAAUUCAAAAAUGCAAAUGAAGUGACGUCAACUAAGAAAUUGGUCCUGUUUUUACAUUGUUUGUAUAAUGUUGUUCUUGGUUGAAGAGCUCAAAUCAUCAAUCAUGAUAGUAACAAUUGAGAGGUGAAAAUGCUUUUUCCAAUGUAACAAAAAGAAUAAUGUCCUCUUUCUUGACUUUCUAUAUUUUUUGGAUGAUUUAAAAAUCAUUCCUUAGUAGACGUCACUUCAUUUACAUUUUCUAUGUUUAAAUUGCCCAUAUCUUAGAAAAUACAAUUAAAAAUCAAUUUCUUUCUUCAUCGAUGUGCUUAGCAGCAUUUUCUCUUUUGGAUGAGAAUGAAUUUCUAAUGAGGUCAUGUGCACUUUAAUUGUAGAUUGUGCGGUUCCAGAAAAUUGUAAGAGGUGUCCCAAAUAAAAAAA